AUGGAACGAAUAAAGGAUGGUAUCGGAGAUAAGCUUGGACUAAUCCUCGCGUCGAUUGGAAGUUUCAUCGGUGGAAUCUCACUCGGUUUCUAUUUGAGUUGGCGUAUGACGUUGGUAAUGCUCAUCACGGUACCAUUGCUGAUAGGAGCAACACAAUUCUCUGGAAAGUUACUUUCACGAGCAUCCAAGAUGGAGAAUUACGCGUAUUCAUCAGCGGCAGCCCUUGCCAACGAAGUGAUUGCCGGAAUACGAACGGUUAUGGCCUUCAACGCUCAGCCAUUUGAGAUUCAUCGAUAUGAAAAAGAACUGAAAGAAGCGAGAAAGUUGGGCAUCCGAAAAGCAUUCAUUUUGGCAAUGUUCUCUGCACUGCCUCUAUUUCUGAUGUUCGCCGCAAUGGCCUUCUCAUUCUGGUACGGUAGCACCUUAGUGAUAGCUGGUAUCGUGUCUCCGGGUACAAUCUUUGCUGUUUUCUGGUCAGUAUUCUUGGGAACACGACGUCUGAGUGAUGUGGCUCCACAGCUUGGAGCCUUUUUAGGGGCAAAAAUGGCUGCUGCAGAUAUUUUCGCUGUUAUUGAUAGGGUGCCAGAAAUCGAUCCGAUGAGCAGUGACGGUCUAACACCGGAGGAAUUUGUAGGACGUCUAGCCUUCAAUAAUAUUCAUUUUUCUUACCCGUCUAGACCAACCGUAAAGAUUCUCGAUGGUGUCAGCUUUGAGGUUAACCCUGGUGAAACUGUAGCUUUGGUUGGGCAUUCAGGAUGUGGAAAGUCGACGAUCAUCAGCUUACUUCUCCGAUUCUAUGAGCAAAGUGCAGGAAUGGUAGCCCUUGAUGGUAUUCCACUGCGAGACUACAAUGUCAUGUGGUGGCGUUCAGUUCUUGGUGUUGUACAGCAAGAACCAGUGAUAUUUUGUGCCACGGUCGCUGAAAAUGUGCGGUAA